UUAGGGAAAAUGGCGGUAGUUGACAGUUUCGAAUAUCUUUUUCGUGAAAUAUCAUUGGUUUGUCGGUCUACUAGGGAUGCACUGGCCUUUAUCGGUGCAUUAUAUGCCUCACGGAAGACAUUACAAUUCAUCGGUUGUGUGUUAAAGGCAGGAAACGACCAUUUACUCAGUAAAUUGUCAAGAUGGAGUAAUCUUCAGAAGCGUUUUGGAAAAUGGGCCGUGGUGACAGGAAGCAGUGAGGGGAUAGGACGAGCUUAUGCAAGAGAGUUAGCUAGUCGUGGCCUCAACAUUGUUCUGAUCAGCAAAAAAGAGAAUCGCUUAUACAGGACAGCCAAGGACAUAGAAGAAAAAUAUGGUGUGCAAACCUGCGUUUUAGGCAUCAAUUUUAAUGAAGGUCGAGAAAUUUACCAAGAAAUAUGGGAAGCAAUCAAAGACAAAGAAAUUGGAAUACUAGUCAAUAAUGUUGGAGUGAUGUAUGAUUACCCACAACCGUUCCUGGAGGUGCCUACAGAGAUGUUAUGGCAGUUAAUCAAUGUGAACGUAGCCACAGCGACUAUGAUGACCCAUAUGAUAUUACCACAAAUGGUUCAAAGAUGUAAAGGUGCAGUGGUGAUGGUAUCGGCUGGCUCCUGUGAUAAAAUCACUCCACUGACAACUGUAUACUCUGCUACCAAGAGUUUCCUGGAUUACUUUGCCCGAGCCAUACAGUAUGAAUACCAGGACCAUGGGAUCAUUGUCCAGUCAUUAAUGCCUUUCUAUGUAGCUACCAGGAUGACACGCUUCAGUGAAACUCUGUCACGCCCCAGUAUCAUGAUCCCGUCUGCUGCUGAUUAUGCCCGUCACGCCAUUGCUACCCUAGGAUAUACAAGUCGUACGACUGGGUACUGGCCACAUACCUUACAGGGAUGGAUUAUCCAGUGUAUUCCAGACAGUUUGUGGAUGUGGGGAGCCACCAGACUAAACUAUGCCUUCAAACGCCAGACUGAUGAACGCAUCAAACGACGUUCUCUACGACUAAUGCAUAGUGACCAGUCACAGGAAUCUGACUCAUGACGAACUGUUGAUGUUAUUUAGGACAACUAUUUAAUAAUUCUAGGUAAAUAAUUAAGACAUGAUUGUGGAUUAAAUUGAAAUUGCAAAUGAUUUUAUCAAUUCGUCUUAUAAUAGUUCAUGUAAUUACAAUAUGGUCUAAUUAUUAUAAUACUUAGGUCACCUCCCUAAGUCGUUGAUUUAAGACAAUUUUCAAAUACUGAACACAUGGGCUGUUUUUAUUCGGUUGAACCAGUUGGAUAGAUUUUUUAAUGAAGGAUCAUGGACCAGGCAAACAAAUUCUACAUCCCAGUGACCACUGACAAAGAUUUACAAUGUCUGUUUAAUUUACAUCUGAAGGUCCAUCAUUAGAUUGAAAGGCGACAUAAUGUAAAAGACCAACUGGCUUGUCCUUAUUUUGAAAAAGUAUUACAUUUGUAUUUCAAAAUUUAGUCACUACUGUAACAGCAAGUCAUUUAAGCCAACACAAAAAGCAUAAAUCCACAAACAUUGUCUUGUAUAUCCCUAUACCAUUGUUGCAGAAUACCACUGUACAGAAACUGAGAUCGGUUGUGUUACCUGUGAUACAAGUCACCAUGAUCGUUCCUGGCCACCACAUUGAUUUUGAGUGAUGAUAUAUAACCAAGAGUUAUGUGUAUCCCCAGUUGAAAUUGUGAUCUAUAUAGAAACUGUUUAUAUGUAUAUACAGACAUGUGCUUCCUUCAUACUCUCGCUAUUUUCCUACACUGCCAAAUAAUAGUGUGUUCCCGUUUAUUUUAUCUACAAUAUGCUUUAAGAUUACAAUGUACAUGCACCAGAGGACAGCUCAUGUGAUUAACACUUUGAUUUCUGUCCAUUAAAUUUGUGGUCUGUUUACAAUUCACAUUUGUAAACCCCUUCUCCCUUCUCAAAACCCCCAAUCUUGCCCCCCUCUCCUCUUGAAUCUCUAUUCUCCAAAAAAAUUUGUUUAUUGUUUCAAAAAAUUAUUGUAAUAGGAUUAUCCAUGAUUUCACAUUCCGCAUUAUGUUCCCACAUAGUAAAGAUUCCCUGUAUGGAGGUAACUUCAUUUUUUAUCCUGUUAGUAUUAAUGAACUUGUUUUGUGUCAUCAUUUAAUUUGUUUUGAGUUAUUUGUGAUGCAUUAUUUCACUUGUUUGAUGAUUUGAAUGCAAGCUGAACGACUACAGCCUCUUCUGCAUUAAAGCAAUAAUAGAUUGGUGUCAAUCUUGCAACUGUCCAGCUAGCCUUUAUGCAUACUACUUUAUAUCGAGUGGUCAUCCAAUAACACUGCAUUAUCGUAAUAGAGCAGAACUUCAACCUUCCCUUUUCCACAUUUGGCUUUAAAUACUCAUGAUCUACUCAGGGGCCUCAUUAUAAUUCAGGUAUCAGUAAUCAAAGUCUUCUAUCAGCUUACUGAUGGAGCAUCUCUUUCAAAGAGAUAUUUUAUACAUCUUUGUCCUAGUUAAAUACAAGCUUUUAAGUUCUGCUUAUCAUACUUGCAUUGUAAAUGUUAUUUUUUAUAUAGUAUUAGGUGUUAUUAUCCCGUUUCCUAGAAGUAUACUGUAUACCGUAGCUACCUUGUUAAACCUACAUAAGAUGUGAAUGUUAAAAGAAAUCGACAAUAUGACCUGUUGUAAGGAGAUCUUCACAUGUUUUCACAAAAGAAUCCUAGCUGUUCAUUCAAGAUUUAUACUUGUACGCACAAAAGCAACCUGUUGAUCUAAAAAAAAAAAAAAAAAAACUGUUGAUUCGAAUCAAGAUUUAUACUUGUGCAAAAGAAACCUGUUGAUCUGAGAUCUAUACUUUUAGGGGCAAAAGAUGCUGUUGACCCUAGACCUGUACUUUUGGGCUAUACCUAGUAUAGUUACAUGUUUAUAUUUACAUUUGUCUGGUAUUGUCACUAUAUAGCCUGUUUGAGAGCUCUGGCAUUGAUGUGCGUUUAAAUGCCAUCAAUCACGUGCUACACUUAUCAGCAUAUUAAUACAAGUGCAACUACAAUAUCGAGGAUAAUUACGUUUAACGACUAAUUAUUUUGUCUACAUUAUUUGUUAUAAAAACAUGCCGUUUGCGCAUUACGUUGAUAAUAAAAUGAUUAACAAACUGAUUUUUUAAAAAUUCUCCAUGUACUAUUUUGUUUGCCAAAAAGGAUGCGACCAUGUUCCGCUGUUCCAAGAGCCCAACUCGAUUUGCACUCUUCUCAGAAGAGAAGCCUUCUAAGAAGAUCGCAUUCUGUUAUAUGUAAAUCGAGUAAACCGGUAGAAUAUAAACAAAACAAACAAGUUUUUAAGUUUUCUCAAACGCUAUGUGCAUGUAUUUGUUAUUAAUCCUUCUGUAGUGAAACUCAUCUCUCGCACACUUAAAACAUCUUCGCCGACAUCUUGGAAGAUACAUCUUCCAGCUUCGAGACGGAAGAGGUAGAAGAUCUUCCAGAAGCAGAAGAGCUACAAAUCGAGUGACCGGAAGAUAUAUUCUAGAAGAAGAAGUGUGUAAACCAAGUGGGACUAAGGACUGGCAAAAAAUCAGCUGACUGUCGGUAAGGCGGGAAUUGUGAAUUUUAAAUAUGAAUUAUAGCAUUUUAAAAUAAAAAAAGGAAAAAGAAUGUAAAUAUAUAAGCGUUGAAGUGUUUUUGUAUGGUAUUUAUGAUCUACAUUGUAUUUGAAUGCCAGAGCUUUGCAAGCAAACAACAUUUGUUCAAUGCUUAAAUGUAAUUGUGAUACUAAGACAGCAAUACUUUUACAUAAUUAUAUGUUUUUAUAUCUAUUCCAUUCACUUUUGUAUAAUUAUGUUCAUUAUUCAUUUUACAUUUUUAAUAUAAUUUGUUAUUACAUGUUAUUACAUUUAUUUUUCGUUUUAUUAAGUUUCUGAAGUAAUUUUUUAUAACUGAUGAAUAUUGUCACUACAUGGGUAUAUUAAUAUUGCACCCAAGUGUUUGGAUAUAUUAAAAUUGUAUCCAUGUUUGGAUAUAUUAAUACUGUAUCCUUGUUUGGAUAUAUUAAUACUGUAUCCAUGUACUGAUGCUUAUUUGUCAACAGGAAAUAAGUUAAUACAUGUAGUACCUGCUUUGAUGUUUGUUUACUCACAGUAAAUGUGGUUGUGUGACGAGUUUGUUGAAUAUAUGACCGAUACUAAUGAUCUGUACUUUUUAAAGAUGUGUGUUAUUUUGAUAUGAUUUUCACCAGCUUUACAAUCCUGGCUGUACAAAGUGUGUUGAUAGACUUGAAUAUUGACAAAUAAACAUAAUACAGAUAUUGCAUGUUGA